GUUUACUACAGCAAUUGAGAUCACAGAUCAAGUUCCGGAGCAACAACAUAGUCGACGUGUUCACUACGAAACAGAGAACGCUAAAUUAUUGCUUUUGGCAAUUGAAAUACGGAAUGACCGCCUUUUGUCCGGCUGUUCAAGGUCGUUGGGACGAAACGGCGGCCAGAUCUAAUGGAGUUUACCGUUUUUUCUGUGCCAAGAAUUUAAAUGAGACAUUGGUCACCUCUCUCCGUAGGUGUGAAGAAUUUUGUUUAACUGCCAUUAUCAUCGUGUGUUAAGACAAAGUCAUAUAUGGUGGAAUCUCUGAUAAUUUCGUUGUGCUUUCAUGAGUUCCUUACAACUUGUAUCCUUUUAAGGAUACUAUUAUAAUAGUGCACAGAUGAGUCUAGCUGAAAGUUCUUUUGAACAUACAUCAGCUUAGUAUAGCAAGGAUGUAAAUAAAAUUGAGUGAGUGGAAGACACUACAUGAUUUAUAGCUAAACAAUACCAAAGCCGGAAGCUACCACUUGAAUUCAACCAUUAAUGGUUGUGAGUGAACGCCAGUAAGUGAGUAAAACAACUAACCCUUAGUAAGAUUAAGAAUUAUGUGGAGAAGGUCUAAACUAGUGUAAUGUACGUCGAGAUACAGUUAUAACUGUAUAAAAGCCUGUCUAUAGACAGGCUUUUAUAGUGCGUGCUACUAAGGCAGGAAAAGUUAACAACUUUUCUUCUUUUACAAAAUCGUUCAUGCUACGUAGCAUGAGUCUUCAGUACUGAAGUCUCAGAGGUGGCUACGGCAGGUUAACAAAGACGAAGUCGGCCGCCAAAGUGUACUCUCAUUACUGACGACAGUACAGUUAGCACGUGUCCGUAAAUUUCAAUGUAGCUACCAAGCGCGAUACAAAUAGUAACUGUUCCUAUGAUCCAUGGAUGAUACGUAGUAGUGCAUGUUUUUUUUUCACUAACGUACUGACCUUACAAAUGUUUGUCACCAGCUUACCUAACUAGUGCGCAUCUCAUUAUCAAGCAUUGUGAAUUGUACUGGUCGGUUUUUCUCCUGAUAUAACAACUGGUUUCCCAUUUUUCCACCCAACCUUUGGCUUUUGCUAUCUUUUACGGAAGCUUUAAUGCUUUAGGUUUAAGUACGUCAAUACGAGAUAGUAUUUGAAGUUUAUGAACAAUUUGCACUGAAUGGAGACGACUCUCAGUUCCGUCCGCGUUAGUUCACAUGCUGGAAGCUGGUAUACUGCAGACAGUUGAGCGACUAUUAGCAAGACAAUUACUAAUCAUAAUUAGGAACAGAGUUGUCAUCACAGUUAAACACUUGGUUGGAAAGUUGUGAAAAGAACGUCCCAAAUGCAAAUUCAGUCCGGGCAAUUAUAGUACCUCAUGCAGGUUACCGACAUUCUGGUUUAUGUGCGGCCCACGCAUACCGUCUAAUAAAUCCUGACAAAAUGUAGGUGGUGCUUUAGUUAAAUGUUUCUUCAAAGAGAAUGUAUUUUCAUCAUAGGUCCCUCACAUCGUUUAGAUAUUGGGAAUACAUGUGCUCUGACUUCUGUAUCUGAAUAUGAAACUCCGUUUUAUAACUUAAAGAUUAAUACCAAUGUAUACAACAGCCUUAAAAUGUUCAACUGCUUCAGCGUUCUCGAAAAGAGUCAGGACGAAGCUGAACAUUCUGUAGAAAUGCAGUUACCAUAUAUUGCUCACAUCAUGAAACGUAGGAAAGAUCAGUACUCCAUAGUCCCCAUAGUUGUCGGUUGCUUAUCAUUCGAAAAACAAGAAUUCUUCGGGAACCUCCUAUCGAGCUAUAUGCUAGAUGAGAAGAAUCUCUUUGUGAUAUCUUCUGAUUUCUGUCAUUGGGGGAAACGAUUUCGAUAUCAGUAUUACAAUAAAUCCGAUGGUGCGAUAUGGCAGUCUAUUGAGAAACUCGAUCACCUUGGUUUGAAUGCGAUUCGAAGCCUGAAACCGAAAUCAUUCAUAAAAUAUCUUGAAGAGUACAGGAACACUAUAUGUGGCAGGAGAAGUAUAGGCGUGUUCUUAUUUAUGAUUGACCGUAUUCGACAGAAGCAACCGUUUAACCUGGAACUCAAAAUCCUAAACUAUACACAAUCCAACCGCUGCCAGUCAAUGGAAGAUUCAUCAGUGAGUUACACUGCAUGUGCUCUAGUCAGUCGUGAGUAAAUAUAUAAAAGGAUCCGUAAGAAAAAGUUUGUUAUAUAUUGAAGUAAAAUUGACAAUCCC